GUUGUAUUCAUGUUCAUGUUUGUUAAUCUCAAAGUCGAUUAGCCUUACUGGUUGUGCACGUUUUCUGCAUUGGUUGUGGUAAAAAUUAUAGUGAGAGGAAUCUUUCACUUUCACAUAAGCAGCUUCAACUGAAACACGUGAAAUACUUCACGAAGCUGAUGGGGAAUUACACAAGCGCGUAUCAUAAUGUUUAUAACAACAGACCAUUCACCUUGUUAUCAACGAAAUUAGCUACGGUAAAAUGCGUUCAUCGCACCUACAUUUCGGUAAAAGCGUCCGUAAAAGUUGGACGGAUUACUUUUGAUCUCAGUCAGCCAUUGUCGUUGAAGUUAUUGUCAGCAAAGGUGACAAGAUUGCAAAAAGGGGCAGCGACCGCUUCUUUGCUCCGAAUCCAUGCCAUCGAAACCUCGAUCCAGCAAGAUUGUCAAUUUUUGCCUUACAAUGUCUAGCUCCACCGAACAUCUGUCCAUGCACCGUUCAACAUCGAUGUCUAUUUGUCGAAGAACAUUAUAUUUAUGAACAGCUCAUGCAUCAUAUGUAUGACUUGAACUUAAUCACAUUAACGCUUCAGUCAAGCAGGGUUUUCACAAUAUCGAUCCUCCGA